CGCAAACUUGUCGAUGAAAACAGUGUUUCAGAAAGUUUUGUCGAAGAACUGAAUGAUAAAUACGAUGCGAUUCUGACGGAAGCGUAUAAGAAUGCGGAGAAGGAGGUGAAGAUGUAUAACAAAGAUUGGUUGGACUCCCCGUGGAGUGGCUUCUUCGGCACCAGAAGUGAAUUGAAAUGCGAUCCGACCGGUGCUCCCGAAGAAGUGCUCAAACAUAUUGGCACUCAAUUCAGUACUCCUCCGCCCGGAAACUUCAAAAUACAUCCCGGAAUCAAAAGAAUUCUUAAGUCGAGGUUAGAGAUGAUUGAAAACCGAAGCGUCGAUUGGGCUCUCGCGGAGGCCAUGGCUUUCGGUUCACUACUGAAGGAAGGAAUUCACGUCAGACUUAGCGGUCAAGACGUUGAGAGGGGAACUUUUAGUCACAGACACCAUGUCUUACAUCACCAGACAAUUGACAAAACAACGUAUAGACCUCUUUGUCACUUAUAUCCAGAUCAGGCGCCGUAUACCGUAUGCAACAGUUCUUUGUCCGAAUAUGCAGUCCUUGGCUUUGAGUUAGGCUUCUCUAUGACUAAUCCAAACGCAUUGGUUAUAUGGGAGGCACAGUUCGGUGACUUCUUCAACACCGCUCAGUGUAUUAUUGAUCAGUUCAUAAGCAGUGGUCAGGCGAAGUGGGUUCGCCAGAGCGGUCUCGUCUUAUUACUACCGCAUGGUAUGGAAGGCAUGGGUCCCGAACACAGCAGUGCUCGACCCGAACGCUUCCUACAGCUCGUCAACUCGGAAUCCGAACAAUUUCCUCAAAUUGAUGAGGACUUUACGAUGAAGCAAUUGCACGACAUCAACAUGAUCGUGGCCAAUUGCAGUACACCCGCCAGUUAUUUCCAUAUAUUGCGGCGACAAAUAGCCCUUCCCUUCAGAAAACCCGUGAGUUCUUACCCUUAA